AUGGCUGCUGCGUCGUCAUUCGCCGCGUUGGACUACGUGGUGCUCACCGGGCUCCUCGCUUUGUCGGCCGGCAUCGGCGCCUUCUUCGCCUGGCGGGAUCGUCGAGACAAAUCCAACCGGCAGUUCCUGACGGCCAACAAGCAACUCGGAUGGCUGCCCGUGUCCGUAUCGAUGGUGGCCAGCUUCGUUUCCGCCAGUUCCAUCCUCGGUCUGCCCUCGCAAGUGUUCGUGCGAGGGUCGACUCUGUGGAUGAACGUCAUUUCUUCGUCCCUGGCGAUACUCGUUGCUGCCUUCGUGUUCCUUCCCAUGUACUACAACAUGGACAUCACCAGCAUCAACGAGGUACGACUGCAUAGACACCUUUCUUGA